CACCGACCUUAUAUUCGAUUAGUGCACCGCGCUGCUAGAGCAUUUAAUCGCAAUUUUGCGCUCGACGCGGCAAGCCGCCAUUUUUAACAUUUAAUAAACUCAAUCUGUGUGUUUUUUUAUUGUUUUCGAGUGUGAAACGUGUGAUUUUUCGCGAAAUGCCGCAUCAGACACCUGAGUCGUCGAAUGCUGGGAAGAAGAGGUGAGGUCAGGUGCCCGGGCGUUGAAGUGGGGCUCCGUGGGAGGCGCGCAACACAACACGCACGCUUGUUUACGCUUCCCGUGAAAAGGACGAAUGAGUAUCACACAAGUGCGCGCUACGACAGCACACCAUCAAAGAAAAACCACAUUCUGGUCACAGUGAUACCACAACCAUGGAAGCGGUAAGAAGACCACCUUCUAAUAAUCACAACCAAGUGAAUAAAAUAAACAAAAUUACAAGUGAAUAUGUGACUGUUGUGGCUGUGGGAACAAGUGGUAUACCACCACAAGAGGAAAAACAUGUGGUACCAUCAAGUGAUCCAUCCGGGUUUGUUACAGUGUUAAAAAUAGGUGACACACCAUCAAUAUCAUCACCUUCUUCAAAAAUUAUAAAUAAUAAUAUUAAUAAUAAUAAUAUAAAAGGUGUGGAUGAUUAUUGUGUUGAACAAGUGUUAGUGUACCGACUUCCUGGUGAGCGAUUAGGUUUUGGAUUGAAAUUUGAAGGUGGGACCAAAGCAGCUGAGUUUGUAAAACGUCUCUUCAUUCAAUCAUGCGCACCUGAUAGUCCUGCUUCACGUGUACGUGGUACCUGGGGUGUAUUGACUGAAGGUGAUGAAGUUUUGGCGAUUGAUAACGUCAAGGUCACAUCAAUGACACGCAUAGACUGUGUAAGAUGUUUAAAAGAUUCAAAUGUGGUGAUAAAACUGCAGGUACGUCAUAAACUAACCUCAAACGAAGCCCCGCUGGUGAUAAGUGCUGAAAAAAAGAGGACACCUCCUCCGCCGCCUCCGGUACCACCAAGAAAAGGCCCCCGGAAAAAAGAUUUACACGCACCUUUACCCCCGAAAGGUUUUGGUGAUAGUGAUGAGUCUACACCGGUACCACAAGUCCGCAACAUGAAUAUUACAAGUACACAGGUGGUACACCCACCGGAUGCAGAGGUAUACCUUGAUUUAUUCUCACAGGAGCAGGAAUCUUACUGUUUGAGUGAAUCGGAUGAUACUGGUAGUUCUAUAUCGACUGUCGUGGAUCGUUUUGGGUCGUUUCCAACGACUACCACGUCUAGUUUUGCUGGUAGCAUGCCUUCUACACCCACAGCUGUGCAAAGACGUAUACAACACACGAAUCCUUUUGAUGUGGAGCAUUCCCCGGAUGAGGAGUUGUUGUUUGAGCGGCUGGUCUCCCUCCAAGCGAAGGAACACCAUGUCACGCUGCAACCACCUGCGAAUUUCCAAGACGCACCGUUGAGUUACGCGGAUGAAGAUGUUAGAGUGGUGGAGGCGGCUGUUUUAACUGUGAAUCAUGGUGAGAAGAGUAAAGGGAAGAAACGGCCACCACCCCCACCACCACCAAGGAGUAAACAUGUGGUACCAUCAACAGAUAUUGAUUUAAAAGAAAAAUUAGAAGAAAUAGAGACGAAUAAUAACGAUUAUAAUCACGAGGAUGAAAAUGUGAAGGUGUUACCACGACUUGUGGAUUUCGUGCCGAAAUCUACUAAAGUUGAUGGUGAGACAAAUGACGAUUCAAAGGUCUUUAUAGAACAGGAACAAAUGCGUCACACUGAUAAUUUCUACCUGAGUGAAUCUCAUGAUGAUGAAGAUGAAUAUAUUUUUGGGUGGAGUAGUUCCCAGCCAUUGGCUACAAUUGGUGAGGCGGACAACGAGGACGAGAGUCUGCAAGACGUCGACACUGCUCCGAGCGACGACCACUCGCAACGGCUCAGCGAAGAGAUUGUUCGAACGGAGUUAGAAGGCGAAAAAGUCGACGAUGCGGAUGGCUGUCAGGUGAAUGCAACGACUGAAGAUACCUCUAGCGAUGAAUCCGAGGAGAAUAUCAAAGCGCCUGAACCGGCACCUCGCACCACGUUGAAACAGUCAAAAUCAGAUGUAGAUGACACUACAGACACUGAAAACAACAAAAUGGACACUCGCCAACCACCCGACGGGCAUGAGUUCCCAGAUUAUCACCAAGAGGCUACCACACUUAUAAAACCAGUGAUUCCACGUCGAAGCAUCAAUGUUUUACCACGUGGCAACAAAGAACAAACAAAAACCAAUGUGAAGAAUAUGAUUGCUAUGUUCAGUCACAACGAAGAACCCUCACAACCUGCUGUACCAACAAUCAAUGGUGAUUCAACUCAAAACAACGUAAAAGAAACAAAACACUUUGAAUCAUCUUUUGAACCAUCACCUAUGAAACGUGGCAGUAUGUCUGACCUAACCUCAGAAUACACACAUACAACACCUUUGAAUCCAUUGAAUCCAAUCGAAACCAACAAGUUACACAAACGAUCACAAAGUUUAGUUGACAUUUCCUCGUCGAAUGACCGUUUUUCCCAGAUAGUAGAUCAAAGACGUCGAGGAUUAUCCAAACUUAAAGGUUUAAUCAUUCCUGAACAUCCAGAUGUCGCUCCGAGCAACACUCCAAUCGCCAUGAUUGAUUUACCCGAAAUAAAAAGCGCUAUUGAGGCUGUUCCUGAAUUCCGCCCGCCUUCUAUCCCUGCAACCCUCACAGCAAGACCACAUCAUGCUCGUAAUAAUUCAACUCCUAGUUUAAACUUUACCACUACACCAUUAUGGAGCACAGAUGUUGAAUGCGCCAAGUAUUCACCAGCAUUCAAACGUAAAACUCUCCAAGUCUAUUCAACGAAACCAGUAGAACCUGCAAAAGAAGCCACUUCUUCUGAUGAAGAAUGUCGAUUACCUUCUGCGGAUGCUCCUAAAUCCCUGGAAAGUAUCACAUCUCCUACGAGGAGUGAUUGUAGUUUUGAAUAUGCAAGCAUGGGUAGUAUGGGCAGUGGUAGUUCACCGUCAACUACAAAUACACCUGCUUCCAAGAUAACGAAAUCUGAAGAUGAGAGUGAUAAUGAUUCAGCGGUGAGUUCGAGUCAGUCUAGUUACAUCUCAAGACAAUCACCACCCGCAAGUCCCAAUCAUCUUUAUGAUUCAGCAGCGAAUCGUAGAUUGUUGAAAGCGCAAAGCGUAGAGGCUAUAAACCGUAAGAAUAUACUUGCUUCAGCGAAGUGUCGCAGUGGUAAGGAUUUGAAUGGAUCUCCGUUGCUUAUACAAAGAAAAUUUGAUGAACCGGACAGUCCACCCGUUGAUAACAACAUCAAACCGGAACAGAUUCUUAUUGUUGAGCAAAUAGAACAUGUUGAUGUGGAUGUAGAUGUUAAUGUUGAGGAUGAUAAAACAGUGAAACCAGCACAAAAUGGCGUCUGUGCAGUAACAUCAACGAAAACAGUUGAAAUUCAAGAGAUACGUAUGAUUAAACCUCCACGGGUGUCAAAAUUGACAUCAGAGGUUAAAGAGGUUAACAAACCAGUGAUGAAAACCGAUGAUAGGUUAUCUAGUAAGUUUUUCACGAGUAGAAACAAUGCGAAAGCAGCUAGUGUUACGGAUUUACGUAAAAACUUUGAGAAAUCUACGCCGGUUCAGUCGAAUUUGACGAUGAACACUAGUAAUAUUAAAACUAACCUUAAAAAACCUACCAAUAAUACUAGUAUUACUCGUCCGAUGCCGAGUAAAAGAAAUUCAUUGCCUUCUAUGCCAACGACUGCGAAAACGAUUGUAAAGUUGCAAGAUAAGCAGAAUAUAAUUGCGUCGACUGUGAAGUCCUGGGAUGAUGAGAGUAUUUCCUCGGCUGAUGUGAAAGUGAUUGCGCUCAGACCGGAAAUUCCGGGUGGGAGUAUUGGUAUCACGCUGGCUGGUGGCACGGAUUAUGAAACAAAAGAUAUCACUAUUCAUAAAGUGAGGAAUGGAAGUGUUGCGCAUCGUGAUGGCCGCCUUCGGAAAGGUGAACGCGUGUUGUCAAUCAAUGGAAAAAGCAUGAAUGCCAUUACACAUGCCGAAUCAAUGGCCAUACUAAAGGAACCUGUUUUGGAGGUUAUCAUAGUCACAUCACCUCCACGCACGGAUGUUGCGCCAUCUGUGAACUCAACUACCCCUACACGUGAUCCUUCACGGAUAUCGCUUUUAGAAUCCAUUCCGGUUACUACUUCUUCGGUAGUGACACCGGCAACAGCAGAUGUUGUUGCUGAUGUAAUCCAAAAUGAUAAACCAAUCAUUGCUGUGAAAUUGAUUAAAGAUCCUUUAUCCACUGCUUCCGGAUUGGGUUUUAGUAUGGAGGGAGGAAGAGGAUCACCGCAGGGCGAUGUGCCAUUGCUUAUCAAGAAACUAUUUACGGGCGGUUUAGCUGAUAAAAGCGGAAUGCUCGCAGUUGGUGAUGAAUUAGUAGAGAUCCAAGGCACAGACGUGACGGAAAUGCCCCGAAUCGACGCCUGGUCGCUGAUGAAGAAGCUGCCGCCCGGCGAGGUGACGCUCAAAGUGCGGCGAUAAUAAUAUACUGUAUUUAUAAAUAUUUAUAUGACGCGCGUACGUAAUGUUUUCUUUCCGCUUGUCCGCCUAUCACAUUGCCGCAGAACUUAUACUCGUCUACUAUGUAUGAGAACAUAUGAUCAGUAUUUCUAUUAUGCUAUAGAACAAAUGUUAUGUAUUUUUAAUUAUUUCUGUAUGAAUAAAUGUGUAUUUAAAUGUA